AUGCCAGCUUCUUUCAGUCAAUGCUACCAAGGAGAUAAGUUUGCUUGGUUCAGGGAUGAAGAAUUUUCUAGGCAAACUCUAGCUGGUCUUAACCCAUAUAGCAUACAACUAGUUACGGAUUGGCCCAUGAAGAGUAAGCUUGAUCCUAAGAUCUAUGGACUGCCUGAAACUUUGAUUACAACAGAACUAGUGGAACGAGGGAUCAGAGGCAUUAUGACUGUUAAUGAGGCCUUGAAAAGUAAGAGGCUAUUUGUGUUGGAUUAUCAUGAUCUGUUACUAUCUUAUGUGAACAAAGCUGAGGACUCACUGCUAUACACAAUGGAAAUCAAUGCUCUUGCUCGAGAGAGCCUCAUUAAUGCAGGUGGGAUAAUUGAAAGCGCCUUCUCACUGGCUAAAUACUCCAUUGAAUUCAGUUCUGCUGCUUUCGACCAGCUCUGGCUGUUUGACAUGGAAGCUUUGCCAGCAGAUUUGAUUAGAAGGGGAAUGGCAGUUGAGGAUCCAACAGCUGAGCAUGGCCUGAGAUUAACCAUCGAAGACUACCCUUUUGCCAAUGAUGGUCUAAUCCUUUGGGAUGCCAUUAAGCAAUGGGUAAGUGAUUAUGUGAACCACUACUACCCUGAACCAUCUCUUGUUCAGUCUGAUGGGGAGCUUCAAGCUUGGUGGACAGAAGUUAGAACAAAAGGCCAUGCAGACAAGAAGGAUGAGCCAUGGUGGCCUUAUAUGUUUGCUGGUUACUUCCCUAACCGGCCUUCUAUAGCUCGAACCAACAUGCCAGCUGAGAAUCCAUCUGAUGAAGAAUUCAAGAACUUUUUGAAAAAACCAGAAGUUGAACUGUUGAAAUGCUUCCCUUCACAGAUUCAAGCAACCAAGGUGAUGGCUGUUUUGGAUGUUCUAUCAAUUCACUCACCAGAUGAGGAGUAUCUUGGUGAGAAUAUGGAACCAUCUUGGGAAGAAAAUCCUGUCAUAAAAGCUGCAUCUGAACAGUUUAGUGGCAGACUGAAGGAGCUUGAGGGAAUCAUUGAUGAGAGGAACACCAAUUUGAAACUGAAGAAUAGAGUAGGAGCUGGAGUUGUACCAUAUGAGCUCUUGAAGCCAUUCUCAAAGCCAGGGGUCACUGGUAGGGGAGUUCCUAAUAGCAUAUCCAUCUAA